UCCUACACCAUGUUUACUAAUAGACAGCAAUGGCGGCAAAGGAUGUGAUAGAGCUUGAUUCUGCUUCUUCUGACGAUGAUUACCAGGAACCUCCUAGAAAGCCUAUUGGGUGGAAUUAUCAGUUAACCACAUCCAAAGAUGAAAAGGAGAGGAAGACCGGGAAGGCAAACGGCGCAGUUGUUCACAGGAUCGAAUACACGAGCGACGACCUCGAAAUUGUCGAAGUGAAGUCGGAUUCGAGUGUGUCCGAAUUUCCCAAAUCAACAGUCAUCAAGCAUUUCCCGCCCUCCAGUACACGAACAGAAAUUCGUAAACAGAUCCGCAACACUACCCAGAAAACCAUCGGAGACUUCUUCGGAAACGGAAGAUUGAGUAAGAAGAACACGGAGAAUGCCAAGAGCGAUGGUGACGCAGAGUCAGGUAACUGUGUCAAGGAAAGAAAAGGUAAAUCAAACGAAGAAACAGAUAUAUUGAAUUCAGAACAAGACAGUGCAAAGAAUAAGGAGGUAAAUGCGGAGGAAAAUAGUGAAACAAGCAUAGCAGCACUGGAGAAUUUUGUGAGUCGGUGGGAGGAAGUCAAAUCCAGUAAGGACGACCACAAGAUCCGAGACAAAUUGUGGAAGUAUUACUAUAUGGCUCACUCCAGCUACUCUCAUUCCAGAAAGUUCAUUAGAAUGAUUGAGCGAGCAACACGGAAGGUCUCCAUAGACAACAUCUAUGUGAUAAUAAAGGACAUUUUGGACAGUUUGAAGCGCUAUAAAGAUUUACCCUACCAAGCACAGGAAGAGGAAAACCUGGAGAAGCUGGGAGCCAGUGAGGACUCCUUGGGGGAGGGCGGGGAAGCGUCGCCACUACCAGAAGAAACCGAAGAAGAUAAAAAAAGGAACUCUAGGCUAAGAAAAGUGGAGAAGAUGAUGAAGGAUAUAUCCGCCAAAAUAAAAGAAUUGGAAUCAGCGGAAGUCGACUUUGACGAUGACAUAAACUCUUCGUAUUUGGUGGAGGAAAGACUAAAAAGACAAUUCAGCAAACUUCACGACUAUUACUGCAAGCUCGCCCAGUGCUCAGCCGCCACAGGUCGUCCGAUUGAAAGAAAAUUUCGCUAUCAAGGGUCGAGGUGGCCGGAGGUUAACAAGAGAAUCAGCGCCUGGGUGAACAAAACUAAGGAAUUUCCAGAUUAUGUGGACAUCUUAAAUCUUUUGAAGAAAGUUACAAAGCAGAGCAGUUUGCCUCUCAGACCAGAGACUAUUCGAGUACAAGCUCAAGAGAUAUUCCGGGAUGUGGGAAGAAUGCUGAAGGAGCGACGGGAAAGUGACGACCUCUACAACAUAUAUUCUUACGCUGAAGACGACGCUGAAGAUCCCGCUACCAAAGAUGAAGAUCUGAACCAGAAAUUGAGUGAAAAUGAGACGAUAGCAAAGGAGAAACUAGAUAAGGUCUUCCAAGAGUUUGUUGAUAAAGAUGCAGAAUCAAGAGGAAUGGGUGAUAUAAAUAUGGAUAAGAAUAAGGAAAAUUCCAAGGCAGAGGAGUUAAAUACAUCAGGUAGUGAGCAGACAGAGACCAAAACUGAAGAGAGUAAAGAAGGAGGAGAAGAAGAAGGUGAACCGAACAAAGGGACGGAGGAGAAACAGGAGGUCGAGGAUGAUGAGGUAGAGGAUGAUGACAUAGAGGAUGCUGUUGAUGACGAUGAUGAUGAUGAUGAUGACGAUGAUGAUGAUGAUGAUGUUGAAGAAGUCGAAAAUGAAGAAAGAGAGGGGAGUGAGAUUCAGCAGCCGUGUGUGGUGUUCGAAGACGAUGACGGAGACAUUACAGACGAUGACCUGAAGAACGUCUUGGCCAGCGCUUGUUUUGAUGAAGAAGUAGAAUUUUCUGAAGAAGAUAUUGCGGUGAUUGACAGCGAGGAACUGGGAUGUCGUAAUUCCGUAGCAGAUGAGGAUGAUGAUAGUGAGGUCGUGUGUUUGGAUGAUGAUGAGGAUGACGAUGAGGAUGAUGAUCAAGAGUUACCCACUUUAGUCAAUUCACCGGUGCCUAAUUCUCCCAGUUCAUCAUUACCUGCUUCGAACACUCCUAGUAAAAAGCGCAAGUGUGAAGAAGAGUCAUCUAGUCCACAGAAAAUGCAGUGUUUAGAGACUCCGCACCCUUGAUCCUUGAUCUCGUAGUCCACCGACACGAUGUAUUAAUAGUAUUAUUGUCAUAUUUUUAUUUUUUACUGUAAUAAUUAUUUAUGGUAUGCCACAGUAUAUUAAGAUAAGCUUGUCAACCGUCACGACUCGUAUCUCCUGGGGUUGAGUCCGGCUGACUGGUAACACAAAAAAAAAACCAUUCUUUGUUAUUGAAACAUUAUACAGUAUCUCCAGAUAAAUACUGAUAAGGAGUAUACAGUAAUAACAACCUUGAUGUGACUGAGCCAAUUGAGAGGCUUAGUGGCAUCGGUAAUCCUUGCAUCAAAUACUUGGACCUGGUGUUACUAGUGAUCAUAGACUGGAUGAGGUGGGAUUGAUACAGUGUACACUAUCUCUUCUUUUUUGUUUAUUCCUGAUAUUUUUUAACAAUUUUGAUAUUAAAAGUUUUUAUGGGUAAUUUUUUAAUAAGCACAUGGUUUUACUGUACUCUUGUGGUGGCUCAAAUGAAUUAUGUACACUCGCCGCCAAAAACUUGUCGAACGCUAUAAACAAUAUGCAAUCUGAAAAAUGAGCGAAGAAUCUGUAAUCAUUCCGAGAUGACAAGCCCCAUUCUGCUCUUUCUCACAUACAUUGUGCCCAGGUGUUGGAGAGUUGAGACUACAGUACUAAUCUGACAAUGUCUCCUUUUGAGGGUUUGAAUCUGGGAUUAUAUGGUGCAGUUUAUUUUUGUAACUGCCACGCCUGUAAAGACGAGUGUCUGUCUGUAUAGUGCAAGUGUUUUUUCUACAUAACCCAGGUUGAUUGAAUAUUGUAUUCACAAAAUUAAAGAUGGGAAUUUUUUUUUUUUACUGGUGAUUAUUUAUGGAUAAAUUUAAUACUUUAUAUCCUUAAGGCUUCUGGUUUAUUUUGCACCAGCUUAAUAUAUUUAAUGCCACUGAGAGUUUUAUAAUGUUGUGUUCAUUGAUUCUCAGGUUUUUUUAUUGCAGAUUUCUGCAGUUGAAUUUUUUUUUGGGGGGCGGGAUUGUCAGUAAAGGGUUCAUUGACAUUGAUUAUGGGAUAAUAACAUUUAAGUUCAGUUCUCUGUGGGGUUUACAUUUCUAUAGUGUAGAGUAGAAACUGGAAAAGUCAUGCAAUUGUUAAAACAAAGUCACAGGGUAUAUUGCCACAUUAUUUGCAACUCUACUACUUAUUGUACAAACUUCCCACAUUGCCAACAUUUUCCCUCCUCUUGUCCAUGUAUAGUUAAUCCCGUAGCUGCAUUUGUCAUCUUUUUUAAAGUAUUGAUGGGAUUUUCUUAUGAGAAUCUAACAAAAAAAUCACAAAGUCUCUCCUGGCCAGGGAUUUAAAUAUUAGAUACCAUUGCGCCAUUAAUGAAGACAUCAGCUCCAGAUGUCUGACUGUAAUUACUGUACAGUACAUUGAAAUGGUAGUUUAUGCCUUUUGUUUGAAGUGAAUGGUAUAGUUUUAUAUUAAACCAAAUGUGGUGUAGUUUUAUAUUUAUAUUAUUCGCUUCAUAGUCAGUUGAUGUGGUUACAGGGAGUCUUAGCAGCUAUGGGGUUAAUAAAAAACCUUUACUGUAUUUCCAUAAUUUUUUGUGGUCUUUGUGGGGAAAUGCAGAUUUUUACUGAAAUGUAUACCAUAUAUUAGUAUUAAAAUUUAUGACAUA